AUGGUUAAAGUCGCAGUAUUAGGUGCCGCUGGUGGUAUUGGUCAGCCAUUAUCUUUGUUGACCAAAUUGAAUCCAAAUGUUGACGAAUUGGCAUUAUUUGAUGUUGUCAAUGUUCCAGGUGUUGGUGCUGAUUUAGGUCACAUCAAUUCAAAUUCAACUACUGAGUCCUUUUUGCCAUCAUCGAAAGAAGACAAGACUGCCUUGGCUAAUGCUUUAAAGGGAGCUGAUUUAGUUAUAAUUCCCGCUGGUGUUCCAAGAAAGCCAGGUAUGACUAGAGAUGACUUAUUUAACAUCAAUGCUUCUAUUUGUCAAGGUUUAGCUGAAGGUAUUGCUGAGAAUAGUCCAAAAGCUUUUGUUUUGGUUAUUUCCAAUCCCGUCAAUUCAACAGUACCAAUUUUUGCUGAAACUUUGAAGAAAAAAGGUGUUUAUGAUCCAGCAA